GGAACAAAAAGAGCCUUCAACUGGUAUUAGCUCAACUUCCAUUCCAAUAUUCCAUGACGUACGCGCAAUUUGAUUUGUCAAAGCCUGGAUCACGUACGCUAUUUAAACUUCCAUCCGGGCCAAAUUAACUCUCAGUGCAUUUUGCGACAGCGAAAUAAAUGGCUAGUGAGAGAUCAUUUGCAGCAGAUCAAGAACGUCGGGAAGGUGCAGAAGUUGUUUAUGGAGCUGAAGCAUGCUAUCAGCACUCCAUACAACUCCUUGAAGAAUUGGGGUUUCCUAAGGGAGUGCUUCCCCUGCAGAAUCUGGAAGAAUGUGGAAGAGUUCGGGCAACUGGGUUCGUGUGGAUGAAGCAAAAAAAGCCGUAUCAGCAUUUCUUUACUGGGAGCAAUACCCUCGUAAGCUACGCAACUGAGGUGACUGCCUACGUAGAGAAAUUCAAGAUGAAAAAGAUGACUGGAGUCAAGAGCAAGCAGCUUCUUUUAUGGAUUCCUAUUGCCGAAAUGAGGAUUGAUGAUCCGGAUCAUAAGAAGAUUCACUUCAAAACUCCCGUGGGAAUUGGGAAAUUCUUCCCCAUCACGGCUUUCAUGACCCAAGAGGAGAAGCGCAAGUACUCGGAAAGCACCGGAGAGUAGAAUUCAUUCAGUGGAUGCCGCCAAGGAUCCAACCAACAUAUUGGUUAUUGCUACUAUUCAAUAUUAAUAUUCAUUCCACACCCUACGUUUAUGCU